CCGAAAUCGGCCACCGCGAUCUUCCAUGUUGAUCAACCUCCGUGGUCUGUGUUUCACGGUACAACAGAGGUCGCAGCUGCAGGGCAGUUCGUGCCGCAAUUGAGGUGAGCUGUCUCGGGGACGACAAGAAGUCUGUCAACCUCCUGGCCCUCUCUAGUCCAACCCUACGAGUACUACGGCGCUCAUCUGCGCGCAGCAGGCGGUGGAGCGACGGUGUCGCAACGGAGUUGUCAGCCCGAAUACUUUUUCUCUUUUCCACUUCUGAUCCCGACCGAAUUCUGCGUAUUCCGCAUUUUUUCUGCAGGUUGUUCAGGUGAAAAGUUGUACUUCAAAGCAUCAUCUUCACGCUCGAUAAUCCUCGCGCGACGAGUUUGUGAAUAGAUGGACAGUGGGACGAUCAAUUAUCCAGAAAAAUGAACCACCAAUCGAUACAAGCUGUAGAAGCCUGGCAAAGAAACCUUUGCUCGAUGAGAUUUUUGUCUAUGUAUGGUGAUCUAGUACAAAAGUGGAAUACAACAGACUUGAUCAACACGUCGCGGAGCUGCAUAGCAACCUGAAGCCAGCAGGAGAUUGAUCUUCGUUUCUUCUACAUGCAUCAUUGCCAGCACCACCACUCUGUUCCUGUUUCAACAAAGGCCAACAAUCGGCGAUCACAUUUUCUCACAACAAGUCGAGCUACUUACUUCUUCUUUUUUGCCAGCGAUCAUACGUCUCCACUGAUUUGUUUCCGCAGUGCGGACGACAUAUGAAGUAGUAGCCCCUCCUCCUUGUUAAGAGUACUACAACUUCUUAUACGCAAAAACAAAUCUCUACAAGUGCCCACCCCCAAACCGCACCCUGUAUUGAGUUAGACCUCCCGCCCCCCAAAUAAGCCCAAUACUCGAAAAAAUGUCGAAACCCACCACGAACACGGAUGACGAGUUGCUCGCCCUGGUCGACGAUUCCGUCAGCGAGUCCGCCCGGUAUUUGAUAUUCCGUGACUGCUUAUUCGAGGCCGCGUUUGGCCCGGAAUCGGAGGUCAUGACUAACAUCAAGCCUUCGAGGCGCAAGCUGGACAGCAUGAAGUACGAGCUGGCGAACAUUUACAGCCGGUUUUACGUGUCCGCCAGGAACGAGAAAGUGUCUUUUGCAGAGGUUUUCGAGAAAAUGCUCGCCGAGUUCAAGGAGAAGGAGAUACCCGUGCCGGGGGAGUUGAAGUGCUUCUUGCAGGAUAACAGUACAACUGCAAGAGGAGGGCCUCCCGCAGCGGAUCGUGCUGCUGAUCUUAAUGUGGCAGCCGUUUUUAGUUCUGCGGCAGGGGUGGCAGCCGUUUCCGCCGCGGCUGAAUCUACUUUAAGCAUUGGUACAACCACGACGAGCAAAACAGUUCCAACCAUUGUGAAAGCCGACUCGUCCGAGGACCUGGCAGGCGCGGCUAGUAAGAUCGUUCCGGGCAGCUUGACGAAUGAGCAGCAAGGCGCCACCAACAACCGUGACCGUCCUGUGACGGGUGGUCCUGUAUCGCCGAAAAUAGUAAAUGGAACUAUGACCAAACACCCCUCUGUGACGAGCACGAGCAUGCUCCUCUCCGACACACUUAGCCGGGCGCCGGAACUCGAGGCGCCUAAGAACGUAAAGGAGCGCCGGGAGCGGGCGAAGCGGAUCAUGCAGCUCCAGGAGCAGUUAAAAAAUGAGCAGGGCUUGUUCCGGAGGCCGCACGGGUGGUACAAGGACCCGGACCCGCUGAAAUUCCUGCCCGUGCAAGCCGAAAACAUCCUGCAGCUGGUCCGCUGCUUCCGCCCGGAAAUCUCGGCGCAGAAGCGGAUGAAGAUCGUUGGGAGCAGCAGCAAGCGGGGGUCGUUGUUGGGCAGCAAGGAGGAGGGGAGUUACAAAAACCACUAUCCGUUGGUCUCCUCGUCCAACCCGUCCAAGUCCGCUUCCUCCCGUCCGCAGAGCCCAGUUUUAUUGUCCGCGCGAAGAUCACCAUCUUCGGGUGCUGUCGUCGCACCAGGGUCCUCGUCGCCGCCAAGACUGGCGCUGUCUAGCACCAGUGCGCAAGUUGUACAAGAACUUGUGGCGGAGGGUCGUGAUGUUGCAAUGGACUCAGUUUCAGCUACCGCGGGUGACAACAACAGCAGAGUCGUGCUUUCAACGCACGAAUCCAUUCUCCUGCACCUGAGUUCGUGGCGCGUGCGGCAUCCCGGGCAGAUCGCGAGGCCACGGGCGAAUUCCACCGCGAAACACGGGUCGGAUUCGCCUCCUCGUUCCCCCCCGCAGUUCCGACACAAGGGGAAGUUGGUAUCUACUACUUCAUCUGCGGCACCACUUCCCAGCGGGGAAAAUGGCGUUGUUGGGAACGAGAAAAAUGAUCUUGCGGACAAAAACAAUAUCGUCAAAAAAUCUCCUUUGUCAAACUCGACGAACGCUGACAACACACAUGCUACAACUGCUGCAGCAGCUUCCACCUCUAGUGCAGCAGUACUACCGGCGCGAGGAGCUGCAGCGGUUCCAAAUAGACCAAGUUCUUCCUCCAAACCUAGCUCUCCGCGCGUGCGCCUGCUGUCCGAUGACUACUCGCCCGAGCGCCAGCCUGUGCGGAUCGAAAACCAAACCUCUUCCGGAGAGGAAGAGGACGAGGAAAAUGUUCAACGUGAAGAGCAAGAGAAGCCCGCUCCACCCCGGGUGAGACUUCUCUCUGAGGAUAAUCAUGCAAAUACUUUUCACAACAAGCGGGGCAGAUCAAAGGAGAAAAGCAGGUCCAGCAAGUCGUCAAACAGGAAGAAAAUUUCCAAGCAGGAGCUCGCCAGCAUGCGGCGCAACGAGGUGGCCGACAAGUUGGAGCUGUUGCAGAAAUUGCUCGAAGUGAAGCACGUCGAGAAAAAGGGAAAAAGUCUGGUGGAGUACAAAAUUGCGUCACAGUUCAAUAGCACUGCGGAGAAAGAGAACAGUGGAAAUCAUGUUGAGCAGUGUGCGGGUCGUGCUGGAGCAUCAUCAUCAAGUCAUACCGCGAGCACCACUGCUCCGGCCAAGUCGACGACGUCGCUGGGUUUGCAGGGUCUGAAACUUUCCGUGGCCAAGGAGAAAUAUGAGGAACUACUGCACCGUUGUCAGCAGACUUUGAUCCUCCAAGGCAAGGCCACGGAAACCUCGCUUCUCCACAAGGACACCACGACCGGCACCACUUUUUCACGGCGACACGAGGACCCGGAGAACCUCCUCCUCGCCACCGCCUUCGCUUACCUAGUUGCGUCCGGCUCGCUCUAUUGGGGCUUCGGGCCGGCGGUGUACGAGUUCGUGAAGGAGAAUUUAAACGGGCAGGUGGAGGCCUACGCGUCGCCCUUCAACCACACCCUGCCCACGUACUGUAGCCCCUUCAACCUGGACACGAUGUUCGGGUCUCUCGGGAGCCUGUAUGAGGUGGAAUGGGCGCAGGUGUUUCCGGAGCAGUUCGAGCCGAAGAGAAGUAAUAGAAAAGUGGAAGAAGAAGAGGCGCUAGUAUCGAAAAGCGGUCGCGUGGAGGACCCGGCAUCGAAGAAGCGAAAGCUCGAGCAGGCGGUACUCUUGCCGACGGAAAAUAAAUCUAGUCUGAAGAGCGGAAUGAAAGAAGCGGUAGAUGAAGUUAUAAACCAAAACGAAGCAUCAAAAAAUAUUUUCACCGUAAUUGCCAACCCGCCCUACAUUGAGUCGGAGAUCCAGCUGUGCUGUGAUAUGAUCGAGACGCUUUUCGCGCUCGAGAAAAAAGCGAAACCAGCCAAGCUUCUCGUGUUGUCCAUCAACCCCGACUGGCGGCCGGCGCCCUGCAUUCUGAACCUGCAGAAAAUGGAAAAGAAAUGCUACGAGAAGAUUUUGGCCCCGAAGGAGCAUGGGUACUACAAUUACCAAACCUGCGAAUUUGUGAAAGCGCAGUUUCCGUCCUUGGCGUUCGCCUUCGGCGCGGACGUGGACAGAAAAACGCUGGAAAAACUCUUCACGCACAUGGGAGAAGACCCGGGGAAAACCGGUGGUGGCGGGAGGAGGAAGUAAAUUUUGAUAUUGAUUUGGGAUACGCGUAUUCUUUUUUUCGCGAGCGAAUUUCUAUCAGACGACAGUCACGGCAUCAGCGAUUCAUUUUUGAUUCAUGUUGUUGCGCACGAUCUUUGUGAUUAUUGCCACUUCAUCUCGCAAGAAAACGAAAGAACAACGACGAACCCGCUCCGCUCGCAGUCGCGAAUCAAUGGGCAAAGAUGCAAUUAUAUCUGCAGACAUGAAGAUGAUUUCGGGAAUGUGUUCCCUCUGGUAUCUCAAGUUGAAGUUUCGA